AUGUUCGCUUCGACGUCACAAAGAAAUGAUGAUGGUUUGCGGGCGUCUUACAAUAUCUCGUUACUUAUAGCAAAAUCCGCAAAACCGCAUACUAUCGGAGAGAAGUUAAUUUUGCCAGCCGUUGAAGAGGUUUUAAAAACUGUUUUACACAAACCUGCAUCUGAUAUCAUUAAAAGAAUUCCCUUAAGCAACAAUACUGUUGAAAAACGUAUUGAUGAAAUGAGUUCUGAUAUUGAAAGCUUCUUAUGUAAUUAUUUGCAAACGACCCAUUUCUAUAUACAACUGGACGGGUCAACUUUACCUGAUAAUGCAGCAUUAUCAUUGGCAUAUGUUCGUUUUAUUAUGAAUCAAGAAAUCUACGAAGAACUGCUCUUCGCAAGAACUUUGAUAACCGGCACUAAAGGUGAAUCAAUAUUUCAUGUUUUGAAGGAUUACUUCAUUGAAAAAGCAAUUCCUUUAUCAAAUAUAAUAUCAGUAGCUACAGAUGGAGCACCUGCCAUGGUUGGACGUUAUCGUGGAUUUAUAAGCUAUUUAAAACAAAAUGUGUCAGGGGUGUUAGCAAUACAUUGCGUCAUCCAUCGACAACAUUUAGUUGCUAAAAAUUUGAGUGUUAGAUUGCAUGAAUCACUUCAUUUAGUCAUUGAUGCAUUAAACCGAAUCCGAAGCAACGCGUUGAAUAGGCGGUUAUUUGCGCAGUUGUGUGAAGAAAAUGACGUACACUUUCAUCAAUUACUCCUUCCCACUGAAGUACGCUGGCUGUCGAAAGGAUUAUGUUUGACAAGAUUUUUUGCACUUUUUGAGACUAUUUUAGAAUUUCUGGAUACUAAAGAUAAAAUUUUAAAAGAAAAUUUAAUGAAGAGGAAAACGGACAUCGCCUAUUUAACAGAUUUGUUUACAAAAUUUAAUAUGGUUAAUUUGCAAUUACAAGGCGACAGUUUAAAUUUGAUUAAAACAAAGUCCAUCUUAUCAGCGUUUCUUGCCAGAGUUAAACCAAUGAAGCAAAAUAUUGGACGGGGCGAAUUUUCUCAGUUCCCCAAUUUGUCACAGACAAGCUGCCAGGAAGACGACGUUUCAACUUACGUUCGAGAAUAUUUUGACUAUGGUAAUACCACCGUGGAAAUUAAUCCAUAUGGUGACAUAGAAGAAACGAAUGACAUAAUACAAGAGGAACUGACUGAACUAAGUACAAACGAAGAACUUGAGGUUCAGUUUAAAAACGGAUAUCAGCAAUUCUGGCUGCAAAACAACAUACCCGUUACUUAUCCCCUAUUAUGGAAUAGAGCGAGGAAAUUUUUAAUUUUCUUUCCAUCGUCAUACCUAGUGGAAAGGGGGUUCAGCGCUGUUACCAAUCUCCUAACGAAAAAAAGAAACAGACUGGACAUCAUUAGCCGAGGAGAUUUAAGAUUAACCCUUACAAAAUUGACGCCAAAUGUUGAUAAUUUAUUAUUAAAGUAUCAGGUUCAUCCUUCUCACUAA